UCAAGUUAAAAAAAAUUAAAACGGUUCAGCAUCACCCACAGGUGAGGCUAUUCUGCAAAAUAUGUUAAUUGCCUUGAGGUAUGUUUCGUCUGGACAAAACGUAUUUCCACAGACACAAAUCAAAGGUGUUUAUGAAGUGCUGUGUGCCCUGUUUCUGGAUUCCCAGUCAAGUGGGACACCAGACGUCAUAACACAAGAAGGAAGUUCUGCGAAGCAAAAUGAGGGCAGCAGCGGCAAACCAGUUUCACCAGGUUCCGCCUUUUCUCGUUCACUUCCGCCCUUCCCAGUUCCUGAGCAGACAGGUGGGGCCGCGUUCUGUCUGACAGGAAAGGGCGGGUCGCAGGGUUCCCCAAACUUCCGGCGCGCAGCAAGGCGGCCUCGCUAGUGGUUCUAACGCGAGGCGCGCGAGCGGCUGGAUGAUGUCACGGAAUGGGGGGAAAAGAGGGCGGCACUCGAGUGGGUGCGCAUGCGCAAGAAGGUGCCUGCCCUACAGGAGCAGAGCAGGCUGAGAGGGUCUUCCCAGCGCAGGCGGGAUUUCCAGUGUUACUUGCGGCUGGGCGUUGGGGACUUGCUGCCUUUCUGGCAGCAGGCAGGAAGCCGCAAAAAGUUUCUGAGCCCGCGAACCUGUAGCGGACGUGGAAAAAGAACGCCCCUCCUCAAGUGUCUGGCUUAAAGAUGCCACCCAGGGAAGGGAACUCUGGCUAGCUAAGGAGGCCAUUCUUGAUGUUGCUUCUAGAUCUCAUGUCGUCACUGAGACCUCAGCUGCUGGUGGCAGCUGCUCAGCAGACCCUUGGCAUGGGAAAGAGACGGAGUCCACCCCAAGCCAUCUGCCUUCACUUAGCUGGAGAGGUGCUGGCUGUGGCCCGGGGACUGAAGCCAGCUGUGCUCUAUGAUUGCAACUGUGCAGGGGCAUCAGAGCUCCAGAGCUAUCUGGAGGAGCUGCAGGGGCUUGGCUUCCUGACCUUUGGACUUCACAUCCUUGAGAUUGGAGAAAACAGCCUGAUUGUCAGUCCUGAGCAUGUAUGUCAGCACUUGGAGCAGGUGCUGCUUGGUACCAUAGCCUUUGUGGAUGUUUCCAGUUGCCAGCCUCACCCUUCUGUCUGCUCCUUGGACCAACUUCAGGACUUGAAGGUCCUCGUGACUGAGAUCAUCACACAUUUGCAGGGGCUGCAGAGGGACUUAUCUCCCUCUGCAGUCUCCCACAGCAGGCUCCAUUCCUCAGACUGGAAUCUCUGUACUGUAUUUGGGAUCCUCCUGGGCUAUCCUGUCCCCUAUACCUUUCACCUGAACCAGGGAGAUGACAACUGCUUAGCUCUGACUCCACUACGAGUAUUCACUGCCCGGAUCUCAUGGUUGCUAGGUCGACCCCCAAUCCUGCUCUAUUCCUUUAGUGUCCCAGAGAGCUUGUUCCCAGGCCUGAGACACAUUCUAAACACCUGGGAGAAGGACCUCAGAACCCGUUUUAGGACUCAGAAUGACUUUACUGAUCUCAGCAUCUCCUCUGAGAUAGUCACACUGCCGGCUGUGGCCCUCUGACUUUUACUCUCCUCUCACAUAGAAGGUACUCAGUAAAUGAUCAUCUCUAGGUUGGGGAUGGCAAAUAAUCAUCUCAACUGCCAAUUCCAAGGGUCUUGAGUACACUAAGGCACAAUGCUCUAAUCCAUUGGCUGCAAAUGCAAAGGGCAUGUAAAUAGGUAGUGGUGGUGCUAGUAGCAAAUUGGUAGAUAGUACCUACUUGCCAUUUCUAUGCUAGGAAGUCCUCUUAGUGGAUAUGCUUUCAUUUUCACUGGAUAAGAGGUAGAAGGAAAGAGGUGAUAGAGGAAAAGCAGGGUGGUGGAAGACAAGCCAAACACUCUUGCAUGGUAACCGUCUAAAUAUACCUGCUCUAUGUGGGUGCUGUCUGCUAGGAAAGUAGGGCUGGGGGUUUCUCUGCGUGUUUAUAUGCCUGCAACUGAAUUUGAGGAGAGUAGACCACCAGUAUGCUUAAAUAUGUGAUACUUGUUAAUGUAAUACACCUUUCAGGAAUAAACUGAGAGUUCUGAGGAACAGUCUGGUCAGGUGAAGUUUAUUUACACUAGGUUAAGAAAAUAACAAAAAGUCAGAAAUCCUAAGUCAGUUGGAAAGCCCAAGCUGUAAUGUACCCAAACCUUCUGAGUUUUUUGUUGAGUUGCUUGCUUCUGAUUUUCACCCGAGACAGUUGUCACAAAUUAUUCAGAUCAUCAGGUUGUCUUUAUUGGCCAGGAACACUGCCAGUGCUGCAGCAAUCACCACCAUCAGCAUUGGGAGCCAUCGCCCACAUUGCCUCUGCAGAGGGACAGGGAGACAGAAGAAAGUGGCUAUGAGUUGACUGGAAAAGAUAUAGGCAAAAGUCUUUCUUCUUCCUACUCUAGCCCAGUAGAAAACCCUGGGUUAGUGGUAGAGAAAAAGCUUUUUACUCUGUCUCCCACUCUGUCACCUGUCUUGGGGUAAAACCACUUAACCAGUGUUCUCUGGCCCAGGGAGCCAUAUCCAUCAGGGACCAGAUAUAUAAAUACUGAUAUGAAUAAUGAAGGGUGGAAAAUAACUCAGCAAAAUUGUAUUCUUUGUUUGUAUUCCCCAGUACUUUUGUUGUCCUUCUGUUCUUGCCACCAUGCUUAUCAUAGGCUAAAAGAACACCCUUUCAUACUUUAGCUAAGAGUGAGUCUUUCCUUCUGGCAUUGAGAGUUCCAUGAAAGUUGGGCUUUGAUGCACGAGUCCAGUGUUUUUUCCAGUGGUUGCCAUAACGUCAGUAUGUUAUAAACCAAGCACAGUGGGACAGGAUGGCCAGUUGUUGGCGUGGGCUGAUAUAUUUUAUCUGCAAAUCUUGGUUAAGGAAGGAAUCAUCCCAUCAUCCAGGGCUUUAUGGGAAGGAGAGACCCUCUUACUCUGGGAGGCAGCUGCUGGCUCUGGUUCAGCUCUUCUCGACAGUGCUGCAGCUUACGCAGGCAGGAGAGAUACUCGUCACUGAGGUUGUCUAAUUCUGAAUGCAGUUCUGUGCACUGGGGAGAACAUCACCAAAGUUGUCACUGUCACUUCUGUCUAGGACAGAGCCCAGGUAGGGGAGACUGCCCUGUGUAAGUUUCACUCAUUUGGAAUUUUUACCACCAUCCUCCCUUCCCAGCCAUUCUCAGGGAUUUGAGUUUGUCUUUUGACUGUCUCACAUUGUCUGGAAUGUGUUCAUUUUAAAUGAUUGACAAUACUGCAUAUUAUAAUAUUACAUUUUAUACAUUUAAGUUCUUUUAUGUGACUUUACGUGCAAGUGCUUUGCAAAUGAGAGACACUGAAAAAUGAAGUUCUUAUAGCACAAACAACCUAGAAGUGACCUUAGUACAAGUUUCUUUCCCAGGAGCUAGUUGCAUAUGAAUACUUCUGGGGAUGUGUAUGUUUGUGAGUUGUACAAAGGAAGAGUUUUACUCUUUAAAAGACAUAUAAAGACUUAAGAUACUCAAUGUGGGACGACAUAUUGAGAAGUUAAUAUUUUUAUUAAAUGUGUUUGAGUUUUGGUCAACUUUCUAAAAGGUAACCAGUUAAAACCUUGAAUAGGAGUUGGUGUAAAUAAGGAAGGGAAAAGAUUGACAAGUCAGCCCAGAAGCACAGACACUUUAUGUAGGCAAAUUAAUAUCUGUGGGUAUCCAGUCACAGCCUAAACUUUGAAAUCCCUGCUCUUUGGCUGCUUCCCAGGUUUCUCUGCUAUUCUGCAGAUGAGCCAUCACUGUCUCAGGUCACCCUCUCACCUCCUUUUCCUUGGCCUGGAGCUGCAAAGUCUUCUUUUGCAGCUGGUCUCUGAGAUCCCAGUCUUUCUCCUUCCCUGUACCCUCAGGCUCCACUUCGUUAGGGAAGGACUUUGGACUCCACACGGGCAAAGCCUGAUCUAAAAAAGCAGCCAGAUUCUUGGUGAUAGUGAGGCCCACACCUUUGAGGAAGGGCCCUGAGGGUGAGCCACUAGGAGUGGGGAGAGGGGAGGGAACUUGGGAGGACGUGCUCUUGGCUAGACUGAUGGCAUUCUUUGACAUAAAGGUUAACUUCCACUAGGCCCCUGCUAAGCUUGGACAGACAGCUGGAAUCUGAGCCCCUUGAGGACAAGAUUGGCAUCUUUUCUUUGUAUCCCCAGUCUUAUCUAGUGCUAGAUAAUUUUAGUGAAUACUUACUAAUUGAAUUUCAUUGGUUGUAUGUCACAUUCUUCCUAGUUUGUCAGAUAAGUUUGGUGGAUGCUUUAAUAUAACCCCUUUUCCCUGAUGUCCUCAUUUGAAAGUUGUGAAGAUGGCAGUCAUAUCCUAAAAUUUAUCUUCAUAUGGUUAAAGAUGGUUUUUCAGCCACCCUGCAGUCUUAGUCUUGGUGAAAAGAGCAUGGACUAGGAGUCAGAAGUUUUGGAUUGUUGUAGCUGUGUUGUUAGUCUGUGCCACCAUAGACCUUCAUGGUCUUAUCCAUACUAUGUGGGCAUAAACAUUUCUGCAUUAUCUAUUAUAUUAUGCCCAGUGAUUGUGAGGAGAAAACAAAAGGUCAUGUGUAGUGGACAGGUGAGGAGCUAUUGCCCCUCUGUAUACACAGUGAAUUCUCAGUAAACAUGGACAGUAGACUCUCUAGGGCUAAGAGUGAGUUGACUCUGGCAUGCUAUGUGGUUUGGGGCUGGGAAGUUGGAUGUGAUUUGGAAAAUCAAGUGUGUAAAAAUUGACAUGAAAUCCUGAGUUCAAAAUAAAUUUAUUGAAAUGUUCAACACAAACAUGUGCUUUCAGAGAGAAUAGAAAUCCUUUUUCACAGUUUAUAUACCUCAGGAUAGAAGGCUAACUAGUUGAAGUGUCCUCAGAGCCAAUGAUCAGUCCUUAAAAAGCUCCCACACAUCCUGGACUUAACAGACUCUCAGAACUGGGUGGGACUCCAGGAGGUCAUGUAGUCCAUCCCGCUGCCUCUAGGCAGGUAAGGGAAGAGCAGUAUCUUAGAAUUUGUGGUUAAUAAAUUUGCUGACCUUUCUUUGUUAAGAGUUUCUCCUGUUCUUGAAGCUGUAAGGAUUGAUUCUGAAGCAGACCUGUUGGAAAACACAAGGAACUUGUCUAUGCUAGCAUGUUUACUACAAAGAGUUUCUUUUCAGACCUUUGCCUAGAACCUUAGUUAUUAAAUAUGUUCCCAUCUGC